AUGAACAACGAACUAAGAGAUCCACUUGAUAGAGUGAGCAAUUCGCUUCGCCGAGCGGUGAGUAUCAACAAAAGUAAAGAGACAGAUCUAAGAACCACCAUGAAAUCGAUACAACAGGAACGACGGAGAAGUUUUAAUUCUUGGUCUCUACGGCAAGAGAAGUUUCUUCGAGCCAAACAGAACCUUGUACCAUCAAUAUUGUCUGAUCAGCCUUCUCAGCUGGAAAGCUUCCCAAAUUCCGACGCUUACCAACAGAUUAAAACAAGGAAACGACGGAUCACGUUUGUCAAAGCUGUGGCACCAGUAACUUUGAGUGGAGAUAACGGCAAAAGCAGAACUCUUAGCGAACAAACCACACCGAAGGUGCCAAAUAUAGUGGUGGAUCGAAAUAUUGAUGGAAAAAAAAGAAAGAAAUCUAAAGCACAAGUUCUGCCACAGGUGAUUACAUUAGCAAACAGUAGUAGGUUCUUUCAAGAACACAACAAACCGCGGCGAAUCAGUGGAGAUCACAGGCAUGUAUUCAGCAGUAAUUUAAAUGAAAAUAACUAUGAUAGCACCAAGAAUCCAGUUAAAGAGGGGGUCAGAGCUAGAAAAGUGAGCACCGUCUCCUCUCCGUUACAAAGGAAACAACAGAGCACUUCGUCGAUUACUGAUGGCCUGUCACAGGUUCAAAGCAUACGAUCUGAAACGGAUUUUACUAAAGGACGAAUUGGUUUAAAUCCCAUGCCAAGCAUUGAAGAAAAUGGGAUAACUAGCAGUGAAGGAAUAAACAAACCCCCAGGAAUACAAGCCCACAGAAAGGUCUCAAAAUUUAGCAACCAUGAAAAAUCCCCUACUAUCACCGCGACAGAGGAAGAUGAAGGCAAACAAACAGCUAAAGCAAGAUGGAAAACCGUGAGGGAUUCUCUUCCAAAAAUCACUGCGAGUAAGAAAACUGACAAAAGCAAAUUAUCCAUGUUGGAGCUCACUAAACUGUUUGAGGAAAUUCGAGAAUGUCGAUACCUCCGUGUAGGAAGUAAUUCAAGAUACACAGAUCAUACAAGUCACAGUAGCAACAUUUGCAAAUGCUUGGCAUGUGCUAUUAAGGACAAAAAUAAACUAAAAAAUCACUUAAGCGCUUCAGAUUAA